UGACAAAACCAGAGAGAAACGCUGGUGGGAGGCUCGGGCGGGCGCCGGUGCCCGCGUAGGUCCAGCUCGCCUCGCAGCCACCACCCGCCCGGUGACCAUGAUAGUGUUGGUCCGGUUCAACUCCAGCUAUGGUUUUCCAGUGGAGGUCGAUUCUGACACCAGAAUCUUCCAGCUCAAGGAAGUGGUUGCUAAGCGACAGGGGGUUCCAGCUGACCAGCUGCGUGUGAUUUUUGCUGGGAAGGAGCUUCAGAAUCACCUGACUGUGCAGAGUUGUGACCUGGAGCAGCAGAGCAUCGUUCACAUAGUGCAGAGACCACAGACAAAAUGUGAUGAAACAAAUGCAUCUGGAGGGGACAAACCCCACAGCGUCUCAGGGGGCUCCAUACGGGAGCCUAGGAGCUUGACGCGGGUGGACCUCAGUGGCCACAUCCUACCGGCAAACUCCGUCGGGCUGGCGGUCAUUCUGGACACGGACAGCAGAUGUGAUUCAGGAGCAUCCGGAGGUCCAGUUAAACCCACCUACAAUAGCUUUUAUGUCUACUGCAAAGGUCCCUGCCACAGGAUCCAGCCAGGAAAGCUCCGUGUUCAGUGUGGCACCUGCAAACAAGCAACCCUCACCUUGGCCCAGGGUCCAUCUUGCUGGGAUGAUGUCUUAAUUCCAAACCGGAUGAGUGGCGAGUGCCAGUCUCCAGACUGCCCUGGAACCAGAGCUGAAUUUUUCUUUAAAUGUGGAGCACACCCGACCUCUGACAAGGAAACAUCAGUGGCUUUGAACCUGAUCGCCAGCAACAGUCGCAACAUCACCUGCAUAGCGUGCACAGAUGUCAGGAGCCCCGUCCUGGUCUUCCAGUGUAACCACCGCCACGUGAUCUGCUUGGACUGCUUCCACCUGUACUGUGUCACAAGACUCAACGAUCGGCAGUUUGUCCAGGAUGCUGAGCUUGGCUACUCCCUGCCGUGUGUGGCUGGCUGUCCCAACUCUUUGAUUAAAGAGCUCCAUCACUUCAGGAUUCUUGGAGAAGAACAGUACAACAGGUACCAGCAGUAUGGGGCCGAGGAGUGUGUGCUGCAGAUGGGAGGGGUGCUGUGUCCCCGACCUGGCUGCGGAGCUGGGCUGCUGCCUGAACAGGGCCAGAGGAAAGUCAUCUGCGAAGCGGGCAAUGGCCUGGGCUGCGGGUUCGUUUUCUGCCGGGACUGUAAGGAAGCAUACCAUGAAGGAGACUGUAACUCACUGUUUGAAGCCUCGGGAGCAACUUCUCAGGCCUACCGGGUGGAUAAAAGAGCCGCAGAGCAGGCACGUUGGGAGGAAGCUUCCAAGGAAACCAUCAAGAAAACCACUAAGCCUUGUCCUCGCUGCAAUGUGCCAGUUGAAAAAAAUGGAGGAUGUAUGCACAUGAAAUGUCCACAGCCCCAGUGCAGGCUGGAGUGGUGCUGGAACUGCGGCUGUGAGUGGAACCGAGCCUGCAUGGGUGACCACUGGUUCGACGUGUAGAGGGAUGGCACCAGCACUGGCCACACAUCCUCACGGGAGACACCGCAACUCCAACCCUGUUGACCCAUCUCUUCUACGCAACGCACAUACGCACAUACAUGCACAAGCACAAGCACAGGCUGCAGAUUCCAGCAGCAGACCCUAGAUCCUUUCCAUGGGGCCCAGGGCAAACAGCAGCACCUGCUGCCCCCCGGCAGGAGGCACUUUCAGCCUCUGCCUCAUGACAGUUAUCAGAGCUGGGACGAGAGUGCAGCCCCUUGUUUUGGAUUCUCAUCCCAGAGAGAAUUUGAGUCCACCUGGAUCAUCACAUAGGCUUUCCAGGCUUAACUUCCUGCCUUCACCGUCACUAAAUCCAUGGGAUGAGGUGGGAAGUGCUUUCCAGAGAUGUUGCCUCGCUCCGUAUGAGUUAGAGCGCCAUGGAUUCUCAGAAGCACACUUGAGAUCUGAGGAACUCAGUUCUUAUGUAACAAUCAUCUAUUCCCAGAGGGCCCUCAGCAAUAGUCAAAAAUACUUGUUUAUCCCCCAAAUCCUAUCUUUAUAAAUGGUGCUGAUGAGAGUACAACCCCACUGUAGAGAAAUCAGCUUAUCAGCCAAGUGAGACACUAGGAAAGCUAAUUGGAUUGCCGACUGUUGAAAUUACAGGGAGGGCAUGGAAGCAGAAUUUGCUUCCAUUCGUUUAAUUAUCUGCAACUUUAGAAAGAAACGAUUUUUUUUUUCCUCUGAAAAUAUUACAAAGUCUGUAAUUUGGUUUGAAGUAUUCCUGGUUCAGCCUGGAAGUUUAGCUCAUGCAUUUGGCUUCCCUGUGAAUUUAAUGGAGAAAGUGUCUAUAAAGGGGAUGUUUUUAGAAACAGUCCCAUGACGCUAUUCUAAUGCUAACAACAAGGUCAGGAAACAGAAUAUUUAUAGAAGAAACAUUUCUACAUCAUCUCAAUGAAAACAUGCCUGACCUCUCCAUCAGAAGUGGGGAUACCUCCUCCUCAGCUGUUAAGGGAACCCCAUGCACCCAUUGGUCCUACAGGCAGGACCCCUUGCAUGGGACAGUAAACAUACAGAAUAUUCAUCAGGGUAAUAUACAUCACAUUUGAAUGUUAAUUUUUCCAUGUUUUCUUUUCUUUUUCCUGUUUCUGUUUUGUUUUGGUUUUGGUUUUGGUUUGGUUUGCUUUGUUUUUUUGGAGGGAGUCUACCAGACAUGAGUCCUGAAGCCAAAAAUCAUAUAGAAAUGAUGGCAUUGGCAUCUUGCGAUGUGAGGACAGGCUAGCAGGGUGACAUCCACUCCCGCAUGCCAGUGGCCCAGGUUUCCACCCCAGGUCCUGACCGAGUGCCACAUGCCGAGCCAAGGUGACAAUGCCACCUGUCCUGCAGCAUUCAGGGCUCUAUGUCACCCAUCACUGUUUCUUUCACAAUGUUGCUUUUGCCACUGUCUCCUUCCAUACCUGUGUGCUGUGGUGGUUUGGGGAAGCCAGGACAAUGUUUGCUGUUCUGCUUUGGUUUCAGGGACUCCCUAAAGCUCUGUGGCUCUCCAGCAUGGUCUUUUUUCCUUUCUGGGGAUCACUGAUGUUUUCUUCAGAAUAGAAUAGUGAUUCUUAAAAUAACUUAACAGAAAAACAACCACAGUGUGUGAACAUGAAUCAUAGCUUCUGUUGUAUGAGCACAAACAGUGAGGUAAAAAGUGGAUGUCAAAAGAAUGGAAAUCAAACCUUUGCAAGGCAAUCUUUCCUUAAUACAUUAAAAAAUGUAUUAAGAAAUACCUGAAGACUGUGUCUAUGGUGGUACACAGACUGUCAAUAAAAGAUUCAAAAGAACGUU